CAACGCUGUCACUUACCAUUCCUGAGCGUCAUCACCAGUUCUUUUUACUCCAUAUUUACUCGCCCGGAAAUAUUCGCCGUCAAGGACUCCUCCCGCGUCAUGAUUCCCGUCCUUUUUAUCGGGAUGAUAACAACCCUUUGCAUAACCGUUGCCAAUGCUCGUACUUGCUUCUUCUCUUUCCAAACGGCGGAAGGUGGGUGGAGUCCACCCGACCAUAAAGCCUCAUGUGACGACGGUUAUAGAACCUACUUGUGUAACUUGUCAGGCUGCAAAGCAGGAUCGCCAGAUGGUCCCACUGAACUAAAAAAAUCGGUUUUCACGGGCUGCAGUAAGGAUUAUGACUCGCCGACCGGAACCCUCAGUGUCUAUGUACUCAGUUAUAAUUGGUUCGAUGGCGGUAAACUAUCUGUUACUGGUAAAAAUUAUCCUAGCAAUCAAGGUGACUUAGAGGUUUACUGCCCUGAUAGCCCAGAAAACAGAAAUCACAUGCCUUUUUGUGAUGACUCCGCUUGCGACGGAGGGGUGCCUGACAAUCGUUGA